AUGUUGGAUGUGGAAGUAAUCCCUGGCAAAUCGGUGGGCGAAUUCAAAAUCGGUAUGCCCAUCUCCUCUGCCAUCGCCCACAUCCAAAAGAACUACAAGACCAUUUCGGCUGUCGAGCUCAAGUACUGCGAAGAGGUGCCCGCGCUACCCCACAACUACGACCUGUUGAAUACGUACCUGCUGAUCGAUCUGAACGAAGAGGGCCUGCUGCUGCGGUUCGAGCCUCGCACGCAGCGGCUGCACUCGAUCGAGGUGUACGACCUCACCCGCGUGGUGCUGCGCUACUGCGGCGUGGCCUUCAGCGGCCCCGACACCCUCCCCACCUUCGUGCUCAUCUACGGCCGCUUCGGACCCUCCUUCCCCGGCGAGUACAACCGCGACCGCCAGACCUACUGCCUCGACUACCCCGGCGUGACGUUCACAUUCCCGAUUCCCAACAAGUGGAAGCACUUUGACGAAGCUGAGCUGCCGAUCGAGUUCUCCGAUGGCACCACGCCGACGGCGGCGCGCAUGGUGGUCUACCACGGCGAGAAGCGCGACACCACAAUUCCGCCGCUCGACCUCAAGGAGGACUACUUUGAGGAGUUGCGCGUGCACGCGGCGCACGGCAUCAAGUUCAUGAGGCGCGGCUGCCGCCUCGACUUCCAAUCGACCGCGCAGGAUGUGCUCACCGAGCUCGGCCGCCCCGACCGCACCUUCUACAAACACGAGGACAAGAUGCGGAUCCAUUCGGGCGAUCAGGCCAUCAUCGGUGCGGGCUGCGAGGACUACUUCUACAACUACUUCAAGCUCGGGCUGGACAUCCUGUUCGACAUGCGCACCCACGUCGUCAAGAAGUUCAUCCUCCACACCAACUUCCCGUGCCACAACGAUUUCAACAUAUAUAACAAGUGCAAUUUCAAGCUGUUUUUCGGAAGCCCAGAGGAGAUCGAGACCACGUCAGAGUCGGAGGGCACAGAGACCGAAGACAAGAGUGGCUCAGAAGACAGGGCGCAGUUCGACGAGCUGGAGCCGGAGGAAAGGCCUAAGAUGCCCGCACUGGCCGACGAUGAAGACGACGAUGGCGAGGGUGAUGAAGAGGAGGAGGAGGC